AUGAAACCAGGUAAAGAGGAGCCGGUGAGUCUUUUAUCAAAAAACACCGCAAAAACACUUCUUGUUCGAAAUGCAAUCGAUGCAACAACACUCAGCAAGGAAACUCGCCAGAUUCAGAAGCAAAGGAACUCAGAACAAAGAUUAUUCCUGAAGAAACGGGAACAUAUGUUACAACGACAGUCGUCUUUGAGGGAAUCUUCACCUAACUUGAGAAGAAAAUCAGACGAAAGCAACAAACAACAACGAUUAUUGUCUGCUUCGUCGUUUUUGUCAGCGGAUGAUGAACGCCCGAUGUCAGCUCUCUCCAGAAGCAGUACCUUAUCCAGUUUAAGUAGCAGUUCCAGUUUGGCGGUUUCACUUCCAGACAUUUUCGCUGCCUCUCAGUGGAAAACUGGAACAAACAGAAUGAGUGAGGUCGCAAAACGCCAUUGGAAAGGGGAAAAGAAAAGCGUUUCCCAAGAGGAGAGCUGUCCAAUUAAUGAUGACUGGAUGGAGUUACGACAAUGUAGAUAUUUACGCCAGGCUCUCAAUUAG